CGGAACUCGAGGCGCGGCGGCUGGGUAUUCCAGGAGAGCGCAUGCGCAGACGCGUGGCCACAGACUGCCGGUCAGUGUCAGCAGGCGGCGGGUUAGUGUCCGCAGGCUCCGACCCGGCCGCCGACACCAAUAAGCUACAAGGACGAGCUAAAUUACCACUGCCUGUACUACUGCUACCUGCGCGACUUCCCAGCCUGCGGCGUAGGGCGCAGCAAGGGCCUGACGCUGAGCGAGUAGGCGCUGCGCACCAAGCGGCUGUGGCCUGGAGGGCACGGUCGGGCAGAAGCUCCUCAGUGGCCACCACAAGCCCGCUAGCUCCGGCUACAGCCCUUGCCGCACACUCGCGUCACCUGAGCCUGUGUAGGUCAGACAAGGGCAGCAUGUCUGAAGACUGCGGGCCAGGAACCUCUGGGGAGCUGGGUGGGCUGAGGCCGAUCAAAAUUGAACCAGAAGUUCUGGACAUCAUUCAGGUCACUGUCCCAGACGCCUUGCCAACCUCUGAGGAAAUGACAGACUCAAUGACUGGGCACCUGCCAUCGGAGGAUUCUGGUUAUGGGAUGGAGACGCUGACAGCCAAGGCCAUUGGCAUCUCGGAGCCCAUCAAGGUGCCGUACUCCAAGUUUCUGAUGCACCCGGAGGAGCUGUUUGUGGUGGGGCUGCCUGAAGGCAUCUCUCUCCACAGGCCCAGCUGCUUCGGGAUCGCCAAGCUCUGGAAGAUUCUGGAGGCCAGCAACAGCAUCCAGUUUGUCAUCAAGAGAUUAUUCCACUCAGACCAGCGACUCCUCUGUGGCCCUAUCCAGAAGUGGACUCAAUGCAAGAGGACCAUUUUCCACAUCCACAGGAAUGCAUCCCCAACCAAAGUUUGAGACCAGCCUGACCAACAUGGAGAAACCCCGUCCCUACUAAGAAUGCAAAAUUAGCCGGGUGUGGUGGCACAUGCUUGUAAUCCCAGUUAUCGGGAGGCUGAGGCAGGAGAAUCGCUUGAACCUGGGAGGUGGAGGUUGCAGUGAGCUGAGAUCGCACCAUUGUACUCCAGCCUGCGCAAGAAUGAAACUCCAUCUCAAAAAAAAAAAGGAAUGCAUCCCCAACCAAUCAGCAGCUCCCAUUCCCUAGUCACGUCCCCCAUCGACCCACCAAACUAUCCUUGAAAAACUUUAGCCUCUGAAUUUUUGGAGAGGCUGAUUUGAGUAAUAAUAAAACUCUGGUCUCCCGUUUAA